AGAAUGAGCAGAUCUUUGGUCUGCAUCUUACUUAUUAUAGAGUUUAUUUCAGUCAGAAUGAAAAUAAAUUGUAUUUAAUGUCAUAAAGACCUUUUGCAUUGUGCAGGUUGCUGUUUUAUUUGAAAAUUAAUAUCUUUGAUGGGUUACGCCUAUCAUUGAUUGGUGCUGUUUCGCUUUCAUCAGAGGUGCAAGUGUAUUGUGGAUUUGGAGUAUGGGAGUAAAUACGUUUUAUGUGGGUGUUGAUGAGGAUAGCACGUACCCUCUUAACGAUAUUGAAGUGCAACGACAGCGAAAGUAAAGGAAGUGAAAUGUUUGUACUGCGAUUUAGGCUAUACUUGUUGUUAGGUAGCUUUCACGGUAGGUGCCUAUGUGCUGCAGAAAAUCACAAAAAAAUACAAAUUGAUAGGAAUGGUUUCGUGAGAUGGCAUACGUCAACGUAGCGGAAUGGAAACCUGAGCAAGUAACAGAAUGGUUGAAAGGACUCGACAACGCAGUGUUACCAUAUAUCCAUUCCUUUUUGAACAAUGAAGUCAGCGGGCAGCAGCUAUUGAACCUGAGACCUGACGAUCUUGAUCACUUGGGUGUAUACAAACUUGGUCACCAGGAACUUAUUUUGGAAGCUGUCGAACAUUUAAGAGAUUUUCACUAUGAACUGGACAGAGAAAACUUGCAGUUGCUUGCACUGCGUUUGUCCUGCUCCGCUAACAGCCUAUACAAGGAACUAUUGCAGAAUACUGUCUCACUUCCAGUCAGUACUCAGACACUGGCGGAUGUAGCCAAUGUAAUUAGUGCUGUGAAGCCACUUGUUUGCUGGCUUGACAGGUCACCAUUUACAGGACAGCUUGAGUAUCAUGAACGCAAGGUUUCAUUGCUACGACUAAGUUUAAAGAUAGCUACAUGUGCCCAUCUUGAUCGGUUUGCUGAAAGACCUAUAGAAGAGAUUCGCUCUUCAUGUCAGGAACUAGGAAAAUUGGCAGAUGGGAUAAUACAAGAUAUUGUGGAUCCAUUAGUUCUUCAACCAGCAUCACUUGACCUUGCCACCCUGAGGAAAAGGCCUGGUGAUGACCUUGGCUUUUUCCUGGUGCCUUCUUUUCAUGGUAUUCAUCAAAUAGGCGAGAUUAAAUUUAGCUCACCUGCACAUCAAUGUGGAAAGAUUGAGGAAGGUGAUGAAGUAGUUCAGGUCAACUAUCAGACUGUGGUAGGGUGGCAAGCAAAAAAAGUCAUGAUACUGUUCGAAGAGAGCCCUACAGAUGUAUUUUUGACUCUGAAGAAGCGCCCUCGGCAUACAAAAGUAUAUGGGCAAAUUUAUAUGAAGCCUUACAGAUUGCCAAGUAAAAAACGUGCUGCACCAUAUUCUCGCUGGAAUGAUAAUUUGCCAUCACCGAGACCUGAGCUGCUUACAAUUCCAGAUUUUGAAAUGCCAUUGCCGAGAUCUUCACCAAAGCAACAGUCUAGAGAAGCAGAGGAACAGCCAGAAGCUGGCUUGGAUUCUGAUGUGGAUGAGGACGAUGAUGACGACGAUGAUGAAACGUUUCUACCUGGCUCUGCUGAUGACGAUGGUGGACAGGCAUCACCGACAUCUGCUAGACUGUAUUUGCCAAAACAAAGGUCAUCUGUACAAAGAAGAGCUACCGUUACUGGGGCAAGUCCUACAAGCAAGAGGUCACCAGUGAAAUUAGAGGAGCUGCUUCGUGGUCUUCCACAAGAAGGACGCGUUCUGCGAGACAAAUCAGCAAGUGUUGGCCAUGGGUUGUCAUCUGGAUCAUCUCGUCCAGCAACAUGCCUUGGUAUAGAAGGCCGUAAGUCAGGAACACGGGGGAUCCUGGAUAAGAGUCACAGUACUCCUGCAUAUGAUCUGACAGACUCAAGAAGUGUUGUCGUGAGGGAUGCUGCUAUUGUUGACAGUGGACCUCCAGACAUCACAGUGAUCCAGGCAGUCAACUUACCUCUUGUACAGGCAAAUGUUCCUAUGGAUGUUCAGAACAGAUCGGAAAUGUCAGAAGUAGGAAACAGCACCGAACCUUCAUCUUCUGCCGCUGUCACUGUGGAGCAUACCACAGCUAAUGCAAGAGACAUCAUUCCUCUUCCUCCAGGUGCUCAGUCUGUACCUUCAAGCAGUAAUACCGAAAGAACACAGACACUUCCACUGCAAAAUACUCACUCUUCAAAUACACCAUCUGAACCAGCACCUCCAACAAAGCCCCGUAUACCUCUGCCCCUGCUUAGUCCAAGAACACAGAAAAAGAGGAAUUUGUUGUUGUCAAGACGUCGCAACAUACCAGCAGCUGAGGCUACUGUGGGUGCUGAAAAAUCAGGAUGGCUGGUCCGUCGGUGCCGGCAAGGAGGUGCUGGUGCUGCAUGGGUGCGGGCUUGGUGUGUGCUCCGAGCACCGGUCUUUUACGGCUUCCGUUCACGUGAAGCAGCACAUGCGGAUAUCAUGGUGUCAUUACCGGGAUUUACUGCAGCACCUGCUACAGAGGUUAAAUCGAAGAGCUUUGCUUUCAAGAUAUACCAUACAGGUACUGUGUUUUACUUUGCAGUGGAGUCAGAAGAUGAGUUAUCAGGCUGGUUGGACUGCAUAAGUGCUGCCACAGUUGUCAGUGAUUCAUCGCAGGAACCGGAAGUUGUCUUUAGUGAAACAGAAGAAGAAGAUCCACUGACACCGCUACCAAUGGACCAGGACAGCAAUCACUCCAGUCCCAAAUCUCGAAGAUUUGCUGCAUGGCUUGGAGGAUCCAGUCAGCCUGGAUCACCGCAGAAUGCCAUUACAACUUCCUCAACUGGAGAAGACUCAGGAAAAAUUAGUGUCGAAUCAAGAAAAUUUGGUUCACUGAAAAAAGCAUCCAGCAAUAAGAUUGCCAGUACUGCUGCAAAUGAAUCAUCACCAAAUCCAUCGUCUAGCCUUGAUCGGAAAUAUCUUCGUUUUCUUGGAGCACCACCACAGCCUGUUCCAACAGCACGAUUCAGAAGUUACCGACGUGUAGUUCCUGCAGCACCACAGCGGCGACCUGUCACUAGUCAAGCAGGCCAUGCUCUUAGUGACUCUCCUGUCCGACCCCCACAACUUCACUCAAGCAAUCCAUCAUUACCAGCAUUACCUCCUGACAUGGCAGAUUAUCGGUUGGCUGCAGAUUUGCUGCGAGAGUUUGGUCGUGGCCGUCAGGAUACUUCAGGAUUUGUCACCCUUGAGGAGUUCAUGUUGUCACGGCAAGAAGAGGAUAGGAGAGCACUUCGUGGGAGCCACAACUCAGAGCGUGAACGGUCUGAACACACCCAACAACCUUCACUGACAUCAACAGGUAGCAGUAGGCAGUGUGGAUCUUCUAGUCGGAAUUUAUCAGCCACGCCUGAGACAGCCGAAAGAAACAGUAGCCAAACAUCACAACUAGCUUUGAACAUAAGUACAAACAGUUCACGUCUGUGCUUCCCAAACAACAGGGAAGAUGGAUCAAACCAGCGUGACAGAAAUGGCCAUUCUGAGAGAAUUCGACUAACAUCAAUGAGACAAGGAGGAAGUGAAAGUAGUGUUGGCAAGUCACAGCCAAGACCUCCUUUGAAGCCUGCGGCACAGUACCAGCCGCCACCAGCAGCAGUGGCAGCUGCAUCCACCCUUGCGCCAGGCUUUGAGAUGCACUUAGGUGAAAAGACACCGGAACAGCGGCGGCGCGUUGCAGAUAGCAGCCCCCCUCUUUCUUCAGCAACAGCAGCAGUGCCAGAUCCAGGAAAGCCUACAAUGGGGAUCUCGAUGCUUGGCAAAAAGCCGGGCCGCCGUGUGCCCCCCUCUCCCACUCCUGACUACCCUGGUCUAGAGUAUCCCCCUGUGUUCGAGCCUGAGACGUAUACGCUGAGCGACGCUAGCAGCCUGGCUCGCUCCCGUGCCAGGCAGCGUCCCCCCAAAGUUAUGCAUGCUGUAUUGAUAAAGACUCUGGUGCACGUGAGAGCCAAAUGUCAGAAUAAUUUUCCACCCUUCAUCGUCCCCAUUGCAGAUGUCUUAUGAAUGUAAAUCUACGAUGUUAAUUUUAAAAUGACUGUAAGAAUCAGAAAUGUAUAGAUAUAUUUACACUGUAAUAUUGUAAAAAAAAUUAAAUAAAUAUGUUUUAUUGUUUGUAUUGUAAA